GGUUAAGCGACAAGGUUUAGCAAGGUUGGAAAAAUGCAGAAGUCUGGAACAAUAACUCCAUUUACCUCGUUCACUCAACCGUACCUUUUUAUUUUAUUUUUUUACCUUGUCAAUUUGUCUAACCACUAUAUUUUUGUCUUACACUCUUUACUCGUUUUGCCAUUUAUUCUUUUUUUCUUUUCUUUUGCCCCUCGAAGGCUUUUUAGGGUCACUCGUUCCUUGCAUGAUCACGUACGACUUGUCGGCAGCAAAUCAUCAUCCAUUUGAAUGUUUCAUUUUUAGCUGUUAGGAAGUUAUCAGGGGACUAACACGAAUAACACGUACAUGACAUUACAUUCGUACAUUACAUUCGUACAUCCAGCGCAAGAAGGACGAUACAGAUACAGAUACAUCCGUACAUGCAUACCUACUGUUCCCUUGCGGCCUUGCCUCCUUUGGUUACCCUUUAAGUGGUUU